AUGUCGAUGGUUCUAUCUCUAAGUACAAAGCGAGACUUGUGGACAAAGGCUUCCACCAACAAACAGGACAUUUACAUGAUUCAACCACCAGGGUUCAUAAAUUCAUCCUCUCCAACCAAGGUGUGCAAACUUCACAAAGCUUUAUAUGGAUUAAAGCAAGCACCAAGAGCAUGGUUUGAAAAGCUGUCUAAUGCUCUCACUGGUUUUGGUUUUGUCUCAGCUAAAGUAGACCACUCCUUGUUUAUUCGUGCUACUUUUACUCAUACCACUUAUGUCCUGGUUUAUGUUGAUGACAUUUUGGUGGUUGGCAGCAGUGAUAAACUGGUUACUUCUUUGGUUCAUGAUCUCAGUCAUGCAUUUGCCUUAAAGGAUCUUGGUGUUGUUGACUAUUUCUUGGGUAUCCAGGUCCUUCAGACAUCAGAUGGUAUACUCUUAUCUCAAAGAAAAUAUUUGCAAGAUCUCCUUUGUAAAGCUGAAAUGGAAGGUGUUAAAACUCAAAGUACUCCUAUGAAUAGUGGUCUUCGUCUCUCAUCCUAUGGUAGUGAUCCGGUUCUUGAUCCUACGCUUUAUUGGUGUAUUGUAGGUGGUUUACAGUAUGCUACGAUUACUCAACCUGAUCUUGCUUAUAGUGUUAACAAGGUCUGCCAGUUUAUGCAUUCUCCCCUGCAAUCUCAUUGGGUUGCUAUCAAAAGAAUUUUAAGGUACUUGGCUGGUACCUUAGAUUUUGGCUUACACUUGCGUCCAACUGCAACUCUGUCCUUAGAAGCUUUCUAUGAUGCUGAUUGGGCAUCUGAUCCUGAUGAUAGGCGUUCCACUACUACGUUCUGUGUCUAUCUUGGUGACAACCUUAUUGCUUGGCAAUCCAAGAAGCAGAGUACCAUAUCUCGUUCCUCCACAGAAGCAGAAUUUCAUAGCCUUGCUACUGUUGUGUCUGAAAUUUCUUGGAUUCAGUCACUCCUUACGGAGUUACAUGUUUUUGUGGUUGGUCUUCCUUCUAUUUGGUGUGACAAUCUCAGUUUUGUCAUGUUGGCUGCUAAUCCAGUUCUUCAUGUAUGGGACAAAGUGCUUCAAAGACAGAUUCAAGUGCAUCAUGUACCAGCUGACCAUCAAAUUGCUGACUGUUUAACAAAGCCUAUCUCCAGCUCCCAUUUUUCCUUGCUUAGAGACAAACUAAGUGUUGUCUCAGCCUCCACACUUAGUUUGAGGGGGGCUGUCAGAGAUAAUUAG